AUGCGUAAGCGAAUACCUGCAGAAGCUCUAACAUAUUCGAGAGCAAAGGCCAUAGCUGCACAAAUUCAAAAUUUUCCAGACAUCGUCAAUGCUUUUAAAGAGUAUCCUUGGGCUGCAAAGAUGAAAUCUGUUUGCAACCUGCAUAGAGUCACUAUUCCGGGCUAUAUGGAAAAUGGCACUCCAAAGGUUAGUAUCCUAAGCCAUGUCCUACUAGAGGGUAUUGGAGAGCUGAUGCUAAUUAGUAAGCCUUGGCUUGACCCAACAUCAAUGGGAGAAGCAAAGAUCUUGGUUGAGAUUAAGGUAAACAAGCCAUUUCCUCAAAAAAUAUCUCCGGAAGAUACAAGUGGUUCCGUCACGAUGGUUGAUGUGUUGUAUUCGUGGCUGCCUUAA